AUAUCUAAUUUCAUUUUGACGUUUAAUUUUGUGUCAUUUAAAAAAAAUCCAAUGGAUCCAUUAAAUUCUCACACGUAUCUCCGCAGAGAUAAGUCGUUUAAUUUAUUUCAUUUAUUGACCGAUCGUGAACUUGGCAUCGACCGUCGUCACUAUAUCCAUCGUCGACCUUCGAAGAACUUUUGUGUAGACUUUUUCAAAUGCAUCCCACCUAAUCUGACAAUAGCCAAUGUUGAGAAACACACAAAUUUCAUACGUAAAUUCAGUCCCGAUGGCAAGUUUUUAAUAUGCUUCUCACGGGAUCAGCAAUCAUUUGAAAGUUAUAAAUUCCUCGGUACAACAAAUGCCUGCAAGAUGCUCUACAAAUGGAAAAGUGAAUAUGUCCCGCCUGAUUGUAACACCGGACUGGGCCAUGAAAUUCGCCAAAAUAUAUUCAGUCAAUUGUUUCAAUUGCAUUGGUCGAUUCAGUUGACUUCGACAUUUAUGCGUGCGCUGUACCGAGAGUUUAGUAUAUUCACCGAAGAUGGAAAGUACAUUAUUAUAGCUAGUCACAUGCCCAUCCAAGAGGAACAUCUCCCCUCGUAUUACACUCUGAAUUCAAUAGGUCGAAUGCACUUCGAAUAUGACUUGUUCUGGUAUCGAUUUUAUAUGGUUAGGUUGAGCGAUGGUGCGGUAAGUGAUACCAUAGAGUUUCCCUAUGAUUUUAUCAAAUUAUCCCACAACCAUGGAGUUACGUUGAGACGUAAUUUAAUGGUUGUGGUUUCGUUAUUCCACCAAACGAUAAAUAUUCUCAAAUUGUGUAAUGGAAAAUUUAUAAGGUCCAAUACAAUUGGCCGCUAUCCUCACGGAACCGAUGAAUGUAUAUGUAAACAUGUUCCUGAAUAUGAGAAUUGUUGCCAAAUGCUUGAUACAGGAAACAAUGGACUAAAGCAGAAGAUUCUAAUUUUCUUGUACAGAAAGGUGUUGAAUUUUCAAGAUGAAAAACGCACUGAAAUGAUUCAAUUAUUCUAUCGCCGAUUGUUUAUCUACGAAGCAAUGCAAAUUUAUAAAUUGCAAUUUCUCGAUCCGGAUCACUUGUUAAUUCGCUACGAUCUCCACAAACAUCCCAAUGUCCAAACCACCGAAUUGCAUAAAUUAUUUGUUGUCUAUAAUCUCGUGGACAAUGAGAUUGUUAGGGUUUCUGCUGAAAAUGCUUCUGAUUUACUAUUGUACUUUGUGUAUUAUUGUGAUUAUUUUCGAGAUGUGCGUUCGAUAUUCACGGGGCGAGCACCAUCGUCGUCGAGUAAUAACGUUCAAAUACGAUAUGCUCAGAUGCGAAUAAUAAAUGCAUUCCCUCGGGGUUAUUUUGAUGCGGCUUAUCGUUUGUUACCUCAAAUACCAUUGUCCGUGCAAAGUUAUUCGGUUUCGCCGUUUUUAGAUUUGAAUGUCUUUCAAUAUGAUACUCAAAUGGUUUCGGCUUUGGAACGUCCAAGGUAUUCAAAUUGUCAACCGAUUCGGUUUAAUGAUCGUGAGACAAAUUUGCUAUUGUAUCGCAUGUAUUUGGGGAUAUUCGAUCAAGAGAAUAAAGAUAAGCAUAAUUUACUUAUGCCAGGAGGUCCUAAGGAACUGAUUGCUUAUGUAUUUCAUCCAUAUGAACCGUUUUUUAUUAGUGUACAAAAGAUAGGCAAUCGAUAUGUUACUAAUUUUCAUAUUCGCAAUGAGGGAACUAUUGUAAAAAGGUGAUUGUUUUUAUUUUGUUUAUUGUAUGAUAAAAGUUGUUUUCUUUUUAAUGUUUUUUUUUUUGUUUUUCAUAGAAUUGUCACCAUUUUACUUAGACCAUACUCUACGAACAAACCUCAUUCCUUUAGUUCUUAUUUUAUUUGGAUUAAAUUUGCAAAAUGAAACCCUUUUAAACAAAAUAAUUAUAAAUUAUCGCUGACUUUAAAAAUUUCAAUUUGUUAGAAUUUCUUUGUACCUAUGGCUAAAAUAUUUAAAACUAUUCAAUAGAAGAAAUGAUUUUAAAAUGAUAUAAGAAAUGUAAUUCAAUAUA